UUCAACUCGUACUCUAGUUAAAAUAGUUCACAAACUAAAACCCUAAGAUCUAGACCAAGUCCAAACCCUCCUAUAAAGAGAAAGGGAUUUAAAAUAUUCCUGAAAAGAUGGCGAAUCAGAGAAAUUAUGGGAAGAUGCCUUUUAUAGCCGGUGAAUCGGAGGAAAAGAAAGAAGCCGUUGAUGAGGAGAACAUAUUUCCUUUCUUAUCAGCUCGAUCUCAAUACGACACGCUUGCCAUGGUCUCAGCCUUGACCAGUGGCGGAGGUAGAGUCAUUGGAAACCAAAGCAGCACUCAUGAUACUAAUCAACAUCACCCUGUAAAGUAUAAUCAACAUGAUCCUAUCCAACCUGUUCCUCCUACUCAAGAUCAAGGAAACUUGAGGAAGAGGCAUUAUAGAGGGGUAAGGCAACGGCCAUGGGGAAAAUGGGCUGCUGAGAUUCGAGAUCCACAAAAGGCAGCACGCGUGUGGCUCGGGACAUUUGAGACUGCUGAAGCUGCAGCCUUAGCAUAUGAUGAAGCAGCUCUUAAGUUCAAAGGAAGCAAAGCCAAACUCAAUUUCCCUGAGAGAGCUCAACUAGCAAGUAGCACUAGUACUAUUACCGGUCUACCAAACUACUCUUCUAAUAAUCAAGUUUACUACUCAAAUCCGCAGACCAAUCCACAAACCAUGCCGUAUUAUAACCAAUACCACUAUAACCAAUAUCUUCAGCAAGGAGGAAAUAGUAACGAUUCACUAAGCUAUAGUUUAGCCAGUGGGGACACCGGAGGUUCAAUGUAUAAUCAUCAGUCAAUAUCUACUACAACUUCUUCAUCUUCUGGUGGAUCUUCAAGGCAACAACAAGAACAAGAUUACGCUAGAUUUUGGCAUUUUGGAGAUUCUUCUCCCAGUUCAGGUUUUUGAGAUCCUCAUAAAAGUAAUAAGGGAUUUCGGGUGUCUUGUUGAGGAGAACAUAUGUUCCUUGAGUGUUUUGUGUUUUCAUUAUGUGUGUGUGUUUUGUUUCUGAUCAUAUUGUUUAUUUCUUCCUUCAAGAAUUUUCUUGGGGUUCUUUGUUAACAACCCUUGGGUUUAAUUUC